GCUCCGUCGCCCGCCCGCCCUGGCCGCUCGCCGCCCGCCCGCCCGACGGAGACGCAGCCCCAGCUAGCUGACUUCAUGUGAAAGAUGGCUAAUGCGGAAGUGAGUGUCCCGGUGGGAGACGUGGUUGUGGUACCCACUGAAGGAAAUGGAGGGGAGAGCCCUGAAGACACCAAAACUCAAGUGAUCUUGCAGUUACAGCCUGUGCAACAAGGGAUUUAUGAACCGGGGUCAGAGAACAACGCAGCAGUUGUUGCUGUAGAAGCCCACACAAUACACAAAAUUGAAGAAGGAAUUGAUGCAAGCAGUAUAGAAGCCAACGAGGACAUGGAAAUCGCUUACCCCAUCACCUGUGGGGAGAGCAAAGCCAUCCUCCUCUGGAAGAAGUUUGUGUGUCCCGGAAUAAAUGUGAAGUGCGUCAAGUUCAACGAUCAGUUGAUUAGCCCCAAGCAUUUUGUGCAUCUGGCUGGUAAGUCCACUCUGAAGGACUGGAAGAGAGCCAUCCGUCUCGGUGGCAUCAUGCUCAGGAAAAUGAUGGACUCUGGACAAAUUGAUUUUUACCAGCAUGACAAGGUUUGCUCCAAUACCUGCAGGAGCACCAAGUUUGACCUUCUGAUCAGCAGCGCCAGGGCUCCUGUGCCAGGACAGCAGACAAGCGUGGUGCAGACUCCCACCUCAGCUGAUGGUAACAUCACACAGAUUGCCAUUUCAGAGGAGAGCAUGGAAGAGGCAGGGCUGGAGUGGAACUCUGCGCUCACCGCUGCCGUCACCAUGGCCACAGAGGAGGGCAUAAAGAAAGACUCUGAAGAGAUUUCAGAGGACACGCUGAUGUUCUGGAAGGGAAUAGCCGACGUGGGGUUGAUGGAGGAGGUCGUUUGCAAUAUACAGAAGGAAAUAGAGGAGCUUCUCAGGGGUGCUCAGCAACGCCUCAUCCAGGCUCCAUUCCAGCUCACAGAUGCUGCUGUUCUAAACAAUGUGGCACACACAUUUGGCCUCAUGGACACAGUCAAGAGAGUUCUGGACAACAGACGGAAGCAGAUGGAGCGCGGGGAGGAGCAGUUCCUCUACGCCCUGGCAGACUUGGAACGGCAGUUGGAAGAGCAAAAAAAGCAAGCCCAAGAUCCCAGACUGAAAUCUCAGACAGUUCAAAAUGUGGUACUAAUGCCUAUGAGCACCCCAAAGCCUCCAAAAAGACCCCGGCUCCAGCGGCCAGCCUCCACCACUGUCCUGAGCCCUUCUCCUGUCCAGCAGCCUCAGUUUACCGUCAUCUCUCCGAUCACCAUCACCCCCGUGGGCCAGUCGUUCUCUGUGGGCAAUAUUCCAGUGGCUACCCUCAGCCAGGGCUCCAGUCCUGUGACUGCGCACACGCUGCCUUCUGGCCCUCAGCUCUUCCGCUAUGCCACAGUGGUUUCCUCUGCCAAGAACAGCUCACCAGACACAGUGACCAUCCACCCUUCAUCCAGCUUGGCACUGCUAAGUUCCACCUCUAUGCAGGAUGGGAGUACCCUGGGCAAUAUGGCCACCAUGGUGAGCCCUGUGGAGCUGGUGGCCAUGGAGUCUGGCCUGACUUCAGCACUCCAGGCUGUUGAAAGCACCUCGGAGGAUGGGCAGACCAUCAUUGAAAUUGACCCAGCCCCAGACCCUGAGGCUGAAGACACUGAGGGCAAAGCAGUCAUCUUGGAGACAGAGCUGAGGACUGAGGAGAAAGUGGUUGCUGACAUGGAAGACCACCAGCACCAGGUCCACAAUGUGGAGAUCGUGGUCUUGGAGGACUGACUGGGGAUGGGGCCAAGAGCUGUGUUUUGGUUUGGAAUUUUAAUUAUGUUUAUUUUUAUCACUGUCGCACUCAUUUCCACACAGAACCCCCUUUUUAAAAAAAAAAAAAAAAACAAGCUACAAAAUCUCGUUGUAUCUGAAAAUGUUGGGUUCCUCCUCCCCUGUCACUGACAAGUGGACAGAACAUGCUACCUUUCCAGAAGUUAGGAACAGGUUACCUGCUGUCCAAACCAUCUUUCCCAAGGAAGGUAUUGCCAUUAGGGGAGGUGUCAAAAUAACCAGGACCCCUUCACAGAAUAGUCUGUCCGUGCACACAUGCAUGGUUUCACUCUUGUAAAGAUGCGUUGAGCAAACUCCGGAACACAGAUCUGACACCAGAAGACAACAGCUCUCCUGUGGAUACAGAUGCGCACUUGCCUCUGUACCCUGGAUGUGGCCUCAGAGGCUGGUGUGAAACACGGAGACAAGAGGAAGUUGACUCUGCAUAGAGCAGAAAGUGACUUGCCAUCAGCAGCUAAAAGGGGGAAGAGUCCUUUGACAAGGAGGGGGCAAGGAAUGGUCUUUCGGAGGUGCAUCUGAUGCCCCUCAAACUCUCUGAGGGCUGGGUACCAUUUUGGGAAGAGGCCAGUGAUGUGCAGAACGGCACAGAACAAUCAAGGGAUGGUCACAGCUGUGCUCUUGGGAUAGCUCACCUUGCCCCCGGCCUAGUCAAAGCCCUCGCCCUCCUCACCAAGGAGCGUUAGUCCACUCCUUGCAGACUGUGAGGUUGUAUAAACUGUUGUAGUUUUUGGACUGUGGCUGUCAUGGGGGUGGGGCUCCCAGGUCAUCAUC